AAAAGAACGGCAGUCCCCGUUUCUGCGUCGACUACCGCCACACCCUCAACCGCCACAUCGUCCGUAAAACCUGGCCCAUGCCCAACCUCGAGUCCUGCCUGGAUACCGUCGGCCAAGCUCUCUACAUCACCGUCGCCGACAUCCUCAGCGCCUUCUGGCAGAUCCCCGUGGCAGAGGAGCACGUCGACCGUACUGCAUUCGUCACCCCUACCGGCAAGUACUGUUUCAAGCGUAUGCCGUUUGGAGUAGCGAACGCACCGUGGCUUUUCCAACAUGUCAUGUCUCUAGCUCUAGGUCAUCUAGGUCCAGACUCUGGUGUUCUUUCGUACAUGGACGAUUUGAUCUGUAUCAAUCACACGUUCGAAGCUCAUCUGUCAUCUCUCGAGAAAAUGUUCGCAGCAUUGCAAGCAGCAGGGCUCACGCUCAAACCGUCGAAAAUUCAAUUCGGUCAGAAAGAAGUCGACUAUUUGGGUCAUGUCAUCUCCGCAAAGGGUAUCUCGGUCAGCACCGACCAUAUCGAUGCCAUUCGCAACCUGCCCACUCCCACCUGCAUCAAAGAUCUCCGAUCUGUCCUAGGCAUGGUGAAUUUUGUCCGACGUUUCAUCAAAGAUUACGCCGAUGUCACUGCUCCGCUGGUCGAACUCACUCGAAAAGAUUAUAUCAAACGUGCUAGUUUUAAAAAAAGCAUGGGGGUCGGCCCAAGAUGCCGCCUUCGAAAAUGUCAAGAGAGUCCUGUCCUCUACACCUGUCCUCCAUUUUCCCUAUUUUUCUCGAGAAUUUGUCGUUCACACCGACGCCUCUGA